GGAGAAGGGAAGGUGGAGGGGAGCCAGUCACUGGGCGGGCGUUUCCAAAGGCGAGGUCUGCGUGACCCAAAACGGUUUAGUGCGCCUUACUCAGCCGCCUGCAACGACACUCCCAGGGCCAAGGGGGCAGCGGAUCGCAGCUUGAACGCUAGAGAGUCCGUUGCCAGCGCUUGGAUAGCUCAUCGACGCGUCUUGUACCUGUUUACUUCACUGAAACGAUUGAUUUCACCUCAGCCGCUUUGCGCCAGCGAAUCUUGCCUUCAAUUCAAAUCACUCUGUUCAUAUUCUGAGCGCCUGGCGCAAUCAACUUUUUCCCUGUCAGGCUCGCAUAGUCUCCAGAUGCACCGCCGGACCGCCACCGACGCGAGCGGGGUGGCUCUGUAGCUUGACUUGGCCCGGCCUUACAUUUAACAAAGAGAGAUCUACACCCAGGCGCAUACCAUCUCGGCGACCUGCCCACAAAAGACCUGGCGACCGUCGCGACACUCACCAUGGCGGCGACGGUGCCGCCAGUGAACGAUGAUCCGGACAAUCUGGACCCCCGGGCCGACCAGGCAGAUAGUGACUUGGAUGCGGAGGGGGAGGAGGAAACAGAUCUGUACGAAAUGGAUCAGCAGCUACAGAAUGCGGUCCACCAGUCAUACUCGGGAGAAGUGGACGAAGAGGACGGCCAUCACAGAGUAAACGGUGGAGGCCUGAGCGCUGCCACAAACGGUGGACUGAAUGGUGGCGACAACGACGAGACUGAACCAGUUGGGGCUGUCAAGGUCCCGGUUGACAACGACGAUAACGAUGACGAUGCUGCCUCCGAGAAUGACGAUGCCGAGUCUGGGACGGCCGACGGCGAUGUCGACCCCGCAUUUGAAGAAGACAACGACCAAGCAGCCUCCGAAUCGAGCGAAUCAGAAUCUGAAGCCGACGAAGACUGGGAGGCCGAGAGCAAUGGUCGCGAGGAUGCAGACGUUGAUAAUCGCGUUGGGGCGUUGUGCAUGUUUUGCACCCAAGACGAGGAACACGAUCCGAGUGAGGACUUUGAGGAGUGGUUGACUUGCGCAGUUUGCGGCGAUCAUUCCCAUCGGCAAUGCGCCCGUGAGCAAGAAGCCUUUGACGAUUCUGAAGACCCUUGGAGAUGUCCCACUUGUGUCCAAAACAACCUUGAACCCGAACCAGAGUCGCCAGUGCAACCGAAAAAUGGCGCUGGUCAUUUGACCAAAGAGCUUUUGCCUGCACACUCGGGAAAUCAAGAGGAUGGGUUCCAUUCCAUCUUCGAUAACAACAUCAGUGAAGAGCUGUUGAACAGCUCACGGUCCCUACGGAAAAGGAAAGCAUCGACAGUGGAAGCAGAAGAGCACGUACCGGUGCUACGGAAGCGGCGGCGACAAACCGACCUUUCCGAUUCCCAUGAUAUUGGGCUUGACGGCAGUGCUGAUCAACGCGCUGACGGGGCAGCAUCUCCAGCACGACCCAUGCGCCCUCGACGGACGCGAGCAGUCGAGCGCGGACAUUGUCGAAUCGUUACAAAACAAUUGGGGAAACUUGUCAUCGGUUUCCGUUUAGAAGAAGGGAAGGUGACAAAAAUUAUCAGCACACAGAGUCGACCACUGCGAAAGAAGAAGAAAGCCCACAAGCCACCGUCGGCACCUCAAGAAACCCAAGCCCAUUUCGCUCCCAUCCCUCCUGCUCCUCACGUCCAUCAAUACCAUCAUUUCCACGAUCGGGAAAUUGAUGAAUCAAAAUCCAAGCCAUACGGUGGCAUUCUGUCCGAAGCGGAGGCAGACACAUCCAAGACCUUGCCCUUGCAAGCGGAUCGAGACAGGUUUGAACAAGCCCGCCAACGAGCCGAAGAUGAGUGGCAGCGCAAAGUCCGCGAAGCAGAACUAAAUGGCGAAGCAACUCCUACUGCCUCACAGAAGGUAUCGGGCCCUCCUUCGAAAAUCAAGUACAUCAACUUUGGUGGCUAUGAGAUUGAGACUUGGUACGCUGCACCUUAUCCGGAGGAGUACAGUCGCAAUCGCGUACUUUACAUUUGCGAGUUCUGUCUAAAGUAUAUGAACUCGGACUAUGUCGCUUGGCGGCAUAAGCUCAAAUGCCCCGCAAAACACCCGCCCGGCGAUGAGAUUUACCGCGAUGGGUCGAUCUCAAUCUUUGAGGUGGACGGUCGGAAGAACCCAGUUUACUGCCAAAAUCUGUGCCUCCUCGCCAAGCUGUUCCUAGGAUCGAAGACUCUGUACUACGACGUGGAACCAUUCUUGUUUUACGUCAUGGCCGAGUACGACGACUUAGGAUGCCAUUUCGUUGGGUAUUUCAGCAAAGAGAAACGGCCGAGCUCGGCGAACAACGUAUCCUGCAUUCUCACCCUACCUAUCCACCAACGCAAAGGCUAUGGCAACCUCCUCAUUGAUUUCUCCUACCUUCUCACCCGCAUCGAGGGUAAAAGUGGCUCACCCGAAAAGCCGCUCUCUGACAUGGGUCUGGUGUCUUAUCGCAAUUACUGGAGAUUGAUUCUGUCAUACCAACUUCGUGACCUCAAGACCCCUGUCAGCAUUGCCGAUUUGUCCGAUCGGACAGGCAUGACUGCAGACGAUCUUGUGUCUGCCCUGGAAGGACUUCGCGCUCUGGUGCGAGACCCCGUCACAAAGACCUAUGCACUCCGCCUCGACAAAGACUAUUUCGAAGAGGUGAUUGCCAAGUGGGAGAGUAAGGGCUAUGUCCAGCUCAAUCCAGGUGCCUUGACGUGGACUCCAUACGUCAUGGGCCGCAAUAACCAGUCGCAUUUCGAUCGAGCACCUCUACAUGCGGUCGCACCCCGCGACGACCCGGACGAGGACGACGAGGAGCUGGAUUCCCGAGAAGACGCCGAUGAAGAUACAAUGGCGAAUGGAACGGACACAGAUGGGCUGGGAGAAACCGCUGGUCCACCCUCAACCGUUGGCCUUAGGCGAACCAACGGCCUUCAUGAGCCGGAGCUGGCAGAGCCCGAACCACUUCCCAACCCAGCGGCCGGAAUUCCACCCUCUCGGUUUGAGCUUUGGCCUCCAGUACAUGUUCCUGCCCCACCCAAACGCAAACCUGGCCGUCCUUUUGGUAGUCUCAAGAACCACUCUCGGACACCUACUGCUACUCGGACAAGUGGCCGCAACACGCCGCGACGAGCCUCAGGGCUUCCGCUGUUCACACCCAACGCUGGCACUCCUAGUAUGCGUCGCGGACGAAGCGCCAUGACAAUAGACUCUCCAUCGACGGAUGCGACUCCCGCCCAGACCAAUGGUGUGGACGAAAGCGAGCUCGCUGACGAGGAGGCAGUUCUCGACCCCAGUCCCGAAGAUCUGGGCCUGUUGGUAGACGAAGCGGCAACACCGGAACCCGGCGGCGAAGGCAUGGAGAUCGAAGAGAGUGAACAAGCCGAAGUCAAUGGUGACGAAGAGGAUGUCGUGAAAACCAACGGCAUCAACCACGACGAGUCGGAUGCUGACGGCGACGCCGAGUCUGAGCCCGAACCUCCUCACACACCUGAAAAGAAACGGAACUCGGCAUCUAAAUCCCCGACAGCCACAUCUCAAAAAACGAAAGGGAAGCAUUCAGAUCAUCAUGCUAAGACCCCUCGAUCCGUCAACCGCAAGGCUUUGGUGGAGAAAAUACAAGUGGUGGUCUCUGCUGAUCCCGAAUCGGGCAGGCGACGGAACAGCAAGAUUUCCACCACCGAUACCAACGGUAUCGACUCGGACGUCGAUGCCGAGGGAGAAGACGACAUUGACGGGGAGUAUGAAAUGGAUGGCGACGUGAUAAUGGAGACAUGAGCUUCAUUACGGUGAAGUGUACAUCCAUGAGCAUGCAUUACAGGUGCCACUUCGGCCGGGGUACCCGCAACAUCGCAACGCAUAUGGACAGGGCGUUAUUAUCGUUUCUUGAACUUUUGAUCUUCUCCAUCUCUACGUAUUGUUAGGGAUCUUUCUUUUAGUUCUCCAUCUGGGGAACGGGUGAUCAAGACUCAAUCGAUUUGUCGCACGACGUAUCAAUUGACUUGUCACUGCUUUCUCUUCGUUGCUCGGGCAUUCUCUUUGUCCUCUUUUUUUUCUUCCUCUGUCCAGCCAGGAGCGCGGGUCUGGAGCAAGGCGUUAAUUUUUGGGUCUUCCAUGGAAAUCUAUUCUUUUCCUCCUCGUUUAAUUUCAUCACCAUUCUCCAUGUUCAAUAUUCCUAGUCAUGCCCAUGGCUAUUUCAUGUCUUCUCAAUGGGUAAGCGGUGCGCAUGUGCCCGGUUGUCCCGUGAUUUAGUGUCGCGUGUAGCCUAUCCAUCUACAGUACCCCGACAAUCAAACCAAGAUCUACAUGCCUGCAGUUAUGUAGUACAGUAU